CUCCCCCUCCCUCCCCACCAACUAGUAAAUUAAGAAAAAGAAAAGGAAAAAAAAAAAGUAUCAGUGGAAUAUCCCACUUUGCCUGCACUUGAUUGAUAAAAGAACAUCCCUCAACAAUGGCCGACGAACAACCCUCCGUGCUCAUCAUCGGCGCCGGCAUCAGCGGCCUGAUCCUAGCCCAGUAUCUCAAAACCUCAGGCGUUCCAUUCCAGAUCUUCGAGCGCGACCCGGCAGUCGAUGCACGGAGCGGCGGAUGGGGCCUUACCCUACACUGGGCACUACCGGCAUUGCGACAAUUACUACCAGCUGAGCUAGUCGCCCGACUCCCCGAGACAUACGUGAACAAAGAAGCUGCAGCGCGCGGCGAUACCGGCCGGUACCAAUUCUUCGAUCUGAAGUCCGGCGAAGCGCUAUAUAGUGUCCCUGCGGCGGAACGAAUCCGCGUGAGUCGGGUGAGACUGCGCCAGUUGUUGACGACGGGGAUCGAAGUCCAGUGGAACAAAUCUCUCAAGGACAUCGAAUCCUCCCCCGACGCCAUUACGGCCCAUUUCGAAGAUGGCUCCUCAUAUACAGGCCGUAUCCUUCUCAGCUGUGACGGAUCGCGCUCUCUCACGCGCCAAAUCCUUUACCCAAACGAUCACGAAAUGAACACCUUGCCCGUCCAGCUCCUCGGCGCAACAGCCCUCUACUCCCCGGAUGAGAUGCACGGCGCCCAGAAUAUCGACCCUUUCAUCUUCCAGGGCGCUCACCCGGACACCAACGUCUAUCUCUUCUUCAGCUUCCUCGACACACCCAAUAACUUCUCCGACAGCACAAACAAAUACCACUGCCAACUCAUCGUCUCUUGGGCCGAAUCAAAGGCCAUCGAUGUCCCAGCUUCAAACGCAGAGCGCAUCGCCCUGAUGAAAUCCCUAACAGAGAACUGGGCCGAUCCCUUCAAGUCUUUGAUCCACCAGGUCCCCGAUACGACAGAGGUAGUGUCGAUUCGGGUCGCGGAUUGGAUUUUCGCGCCCGAGAAGUCGAGGGAGCAUCCUCGGGUUGUGCUUGUAGGGGAUUCGGCGCAUACCAUGACUAUGUUUAGGGGUGAAGGGGCGAAUAAUGCGAUUGUGGAUGUGCAGGAUUUGGUUAAGAGGGUUAAUUUUAGGGCUGUGGAGUCUUGUACGCUGGAGACUCUUCAAUCGUCGGUUGCUGCGUAUGAACGAGAUAGCUUUGCGCGGGCGGAGACUUCUGUCCUGAACUCGAGACAGGCUUGUCUUGAUGCCCAUGAUUUCGAGACGAUUCUGAAGGGGAGUCCGCUGGUUUCGAAGCGGGUGUUGAAGGAGGAUGAGUGUCUUGGAUAGACAUCGAGAUGAGGUUCAUUUAAGGGCUAGGCAUGGUAUAGUCUACGGAAAGUCAUUGGAAUAUGAUAGAUGAUAAGACAAUUUACAGGAUAUGGUCAGUUAUAUCCCGGUGUCCAUCACGACCUAUGGAGGAAAAGACAAUCCUAUUGGUGAACUUCUGUGUACAUACACGGGUGCAAGUGUCCAUCGACUACCGAAAUGUAUAUCAUUAACCUCAACAAACCACACCUUGGCACGAAAUGCAGGGCAGGCGAUCGGCAGAGACCAUUUAGUGUUCC